AUGCAGGUUCCCGAGGAGCAAGCAGACGUCGCCCGCUGGACGGUUGCACCCGGACUACGAGAUGGCUCGGGCGCAGAUGCCCUUGAACGCGGCGCUACUCACCCAGCGCUCUUCUCGACCGAGUAUGCUCACGUGGGGCCCUUGGACCACGGCUACGACGGCCACGCGUCGUCCAAGGAGAAUGCUCGCAUCCCCGCUCAGAAACACAGUGUCAUCACCAGAAAACCCGUCGGCGCCUGUAACCGCGACACACGCUUGGCAGAGGGCCAAGACCGACAGCGUGCUGCCCAGGCGCCACAGAGGAAGUCGCGGGAGCCUGUGUCGGUCGUGCCCACGCUGACUUGCAGGCAGGAGAAGCGAUUCGGCCUGGCCGACCCCAAAGACGCUGUCGCAGCAGCAACGUCUCUCGGAUAUUGUGACUCCAGAGCAGUCCGAGAGGUCGUCCUGUCUUGA